GGGCCACGUGCUAGCAGUAAAGUAAACAUUCGAGCCCUUUCGCCAAUAACCCCACUGUCGACCAGCAACACAGCCGAAAGAACGCAAUUAAAAUGGACGUUAGUGCUCUACUUUAGGAAAUUCUGCGAUAUUUAUUUGAUUUGGUACAUUUGAGGCUCGUACAGUGUAGUGCAGUGUAUUUUUUGUAUUUGGUUUGACCAGAGUAGUGCGGUAAGGUCUGACCAAAUGGCAGGGGGAUAUCGCCGCAAGAAGGCUAAUAAAGGAUACGGCUGUGGAGGGAAAGCCAUUAAAACAAAACACCGCGUACGAGAUCUUGACGAGAUCACUGAGGACUUAAAACCACAGAAUGUGCGUUCGAUGAUCCGUCAACGUAUUGACUACGAUCUGCCUGGAGCUGGACAAAAUUAUUGUGUGCAUUGCGCCAAGCAUUUCAUUUCGGAUAAAGCUCUCAAAGAACAUCUGGGAAGUCGACCACAUAAAAGACGUCUGAAGGAGUUAGAAAUAGAGCCAUAUUCAAUAGAAGAGAGCGAGCGCGCAGCUGGAAUGGGCAACUAUAUCAACCCGAAACGAAGAAAGGUUAUGGAAUAUGACGAUAUCCUCGAAGCAAUCGGCGAAAAAUGCAUCGACGAUGAGCAAAAGACAGCCAAUAACACCCAACAAGCAGAAAUAACGAGUUCGAGCACAACUUAAUAUUGUAUAUAGAUAAUUUAGAUAUAAACCUUGUAUAUUGUGUUUCGUUAUUUGUGUGGAAAUA